UAAUUUAUUAAACAAUUUUUUUUAUUUAUUAAUCUAUUUUUUUUGUGCUAAUUACUUAGAAUGACUCUAAUCAUGUUAAUAAAUACUAGAAUAACUCUUAUAAUUUUGUAAAUACUAGAAUAAAUGGCAACACAUACAAAAUUACUAAAAUACCACCCUUCUAAACACAUUUACUUAUUAUAAUUUAUUAAUAAAAAUACAUACAUUAUAAUAAAAAAAAAAAGGAAACAAAGAAACCUGUCGGAUCUUCUUCCUCACGACACUCUUCCAUCUUCAUCUCCUACCAAUCUCCGACGCCACCAUCUCCAUCUCCACUCAACCUUCAUCACUUCUAUCUCCACCGUCAAUCUUCUUCAUCUCCGUUUUCCUCCACAUCUCCAUCGAGUUCGUCUCUGUCAUCGGUGAGACAAAAUAACUCGAUUUCAAAUCGGUCCUCCACCAUAAAUCGAGUUACUUGAUUCUGUAUGGCUUCUUCUUCGGGUUCAAAGUAUCCUCGUCGUCUCUAUGAUGUUGGCAAAACCCCAAUUCAGAGUAGGACCAUGAACCAUAGUUGUUUCUUGGCCAACGUUCAAACCGUGCUAGAAUCUGUUGGGGAUGAUGUUGUGUCUGACUUGAGGGAAUCAGCUGUUGGAGUGAUUGUGAAGCUGAAAGAGUUGGAAUACACUUGGUCUGCCUCUUGCGUUCACCAUUUUCUUGUCAAUCAAUUGGCCAUAGAGAGAAGUCAUGAGAUGUGGUCGUUGAUAGAUUGUAUGCCGUUGCGGUUCUCUCUAUAUGAGUUUGAAGAAAUUACAGGACUAAAUUGUGAUCCUUUCGAUAAGGAUGAGAUUUGGGAUGUGGAGCAUGAAAGUUUUUGGCUGGACAUGAAAGUUCCGACUUCAGAAGGUCCUACAUUGAAAGAGCUACAAGCCGUUUUAACUAUUUGCAGAAAUUGGUCUCGAGAGAAGCGAUUGAUGGUAGGUUUGUUGUGUCUGCUAUGCAUUGGGUUUUUUGGAAUUUCGAGCAACAGUAGAAUCCCUUUGCAAUGUGCUAAAAGGGUGAUGGACCCAGAAGCUUUCCAGAGAUAUCCAUGGGGUCGUGUAGGAUUUAGCAGCCUUCUUGAGUCUAUUAAAGUACUCACAUAUGAAAAAAAGAAAAGUUACACACUUCAUGGCUGUGUUCAUGUUCUCUUAAUAUGGAUUUUUGAGUCUGUCCCUGGUCUAGGAGAGAAAUUUGGGAACCGGAUAGAAGGAGCUUCUGUCCCUCUUCUGUCAUGGCUGGGGUCUCGUCCGCGUAUCAACUUCUCAGAUUUCUGUGCCCAAGAAAAGCGAAAUCAUGGGAAGGUAUGAAGAGAAGUAUUAUUUUUUUAUCAUCAAAUUAAAAUUUAACUUUUUACUAAUCAUGUAUAUUAUUACACAGAUUCGUGUGAGGCACAUGGUUGUCAAGGCAAUAGAGGAUAGAUAUCCGAAGUGUGAAGAUCAUAAAGUGUCUACUGAGCUAGAUAACAUGAUUCAGGACAUCCUCAAAGGUCAGCUUGAUGAAAAGUUUUGGGAAGUAAUGGCUGCUACCAAAUCCAAGAAGAGAAAAAAUAUUGUGGAUCCACCUGUUGUUCCAGAUACCAUUGAUGUUGGUACUUCUACUAAGCGAAAGAAGGACAAAGAGCAUGUUGAUGGUUGUCACGCAUCAGAUAUGGUUGUAGCUCACAACAUCGCUAUACUUGGAUUGGUUGAAUCGGUUAAGAACCUUAGUGCAAAAAUAGAUGGAAUAGAUGUUAAUGUAGCUGACAAGGUUAGCGAGAAACUGGAUGCAACCAUACAAGCUAAAGUGGAUGCUAAGGUCGGUUUAUAUGAGAAAGAGAUGAUGGAGAAGAUUGCCAUGUUGGUGGAAGACAUAAAGAAUCUGAAAGAGAAGGCUUAUGUAAACAUUCAUACUGAUGUGGCUAACUCCAAUGAUCACAACUCCAUUGCGCAAGAAGAGGAUGAUGAUUCUAGCAAUGGCUUGGUAUGUUUUCUGAGACUGUUCUUGUUUGUUAUUUUCUUAAUUAAUAUCACUAACACUUGUAUUCUACUACACAGUCAUGGAUGAUUGAGAAGAAGAUAAAUUCACAAGAUGGUUUACCAAUUUAGUGUGUUGUUAAGAAGGAGAAAAAACCAAGUAAGGCUAUGGAGACGAAGGUGUGUAAGACCAUUGAUGUGAAAAAGAAAGGAAA